AUGUUGCUCUUGAAAAUCUUUGCAUUCAUCAUCACUUCAAGUUCAGUUGAAGCAUCUGGGGGAGAUCAUCAUGGCCGUCCCUUCCCCGACCAUCUCCACCUUCCUUACGCCCCCCGCCAACUUUUCCAAGACCUCAUCCCAGAAACCCUUCUAUCCCUGGAUCAAUAUACUUCUUCACAUAUCAAUGAUGGUUCCAUCGGACAUAUAUGUCCACAAGCUCGUCCAGAUUGGACAGUGAAAGAAGGAGAUCCAAAUCGCGGCUUCAUUGGACCUGAGUUUGCAGUUUAUAAAGAUGGUAUUGUGAUUCUUGGAUCGAAAGAAAAUGGAAGUAUGAUUGUACCGGAAGGAGAAGUUAGGGUAGAGGAGGAUAGGUGGGUUGAUCAAGGAACGAGAGAGAGACGUAAGUGGUGGGGUGAAGCGCGAUAUUGGGAUGGAUAUGAGGGAGGUGAUGAGAACGGGGAUGGUAAUGAAGACGGCGGGAAUGAAAACGGCGGGAAUGAAGACAAUGGAAAUGAAAACGAUGGAGACAACAACGAAGAUGACGGAAACGAGGAUAAUGAUGAUCAAGACAACGAGGACGACGAUACACAGUCCAGUCUCAGAGUCUACAUAUCUCACAAAACAAUCCCACGCCCAUUAAGGAACUGGAAAAAUAAACUCUCUUCAUCUCAGCUUCAAAACACCGACUCCAUCACACCCACAUUUUCUCACAUCUUCAAAAUCAGGAACGAUGGUAAGAAAGCGGAAUGGCAUGCGGAGUGGAUAUCUAAUUGGAUGGAUAAUAGUGACAAGGCUUUCAAAGAUGCUAAGGGAAGUGAUAAUAAAGGAAAGGAUAGUGAGAUUGAAGAGAAAGAAGAGUUGAGAUAA